CAACAUGGAGAGAGUUUCCCCAUUUUUCCUACUUUUCAUACUCAUAUUGUUUCCUUGUCUUAGCCAUGCUACUUCUCAUCAAAUCAAUACUGAUGAGUCUGCACUUCUUGCUUUCAAACCCCUCGUCUCUUCAGAUCCUAACAAUAUUUUGAAAAGAAAUUGGACUUUGGGGACCUCUGUUUGUACAUGGUUAGGAGUUACUUGUGAUUCGUGUUAUAAUAGGGUGACUCAUUUAAAUCUCUCGCGUAUGGGACUCAAUGGGAGCAUUCCACCAGAAAUCGGAAAUCUUUCUUUUCUUGUUUCUCUAAAUUUAAGUGGAAACUCUCUUCAUGGUCACUUGCCAAAGGACAUCUGCAGAUAUAGCAACCUUCCAAGUCUUAAAGAACUUCAGCUAUCCAUCAACAAAUUGGAGGGAGAGAUACCGGUGAGUUUGGGUGAAUGUCCACAACUUGAGAUUCUUGACUUGUCAUACAACAACUUUGGUGGACAUGUACCUACACAAAUUGGAAAUAUCACACACCUUAAGGAAUUAUGGCUUAAUUGGAACAAUCUAAGAGGUACUAUUCCUAAAGAGUUUGGUGCUCUUAAUAAAUUAGAGAUGAUGUGGUUGGAUGAUAACAAACUUAGUGGAUCAAUUCCAAGAGAAGUGUGGAACUUGACCGCUCUGCUUGAGUUACGAAUCAAGAAUAAUUCUUUAAGUGGUCCAAUACCAUCCACCAUUGGAAAUCUAUCAAAUAUGGAGUCCCUAGAUCUCUCUUUCAACGCAUUAAAUGGUCGCAUACCAUCCACCAUUGGAAAUCUAUCAAAUCUGCGUUACAUAUGGCUCAAGUCCAACAAGUUAAAUGGUCUAAUACCAUCCACCAUUGGAUAUCUAUCAAAUAUACAGAACUUAGAUCUCUCUUUCAACAAAUUAAAUGGUUUCAUACCAUUUACCGUUGGAAAUCUAUCAAAUCUGCGUUACUUAUGGCUUAAUUCCAACAAAUUAAAUGGUCCAAUACCAUCCACCAUUGGAAAUCUAUCAAAUAUGGAGUCCCUAGAUCUCUCUUUCAACGUAUUAAAUGGUCCCAUACCAUCUACCAUCGGAAAUCUAUCAAAUCUCCGUUACAUAUGGCUCGGCUCCAACAAGUUAAAUGGUUCGAUACCAUCCACCUUUGUGAAUCAAUCAAAGCUGUUGCAGUUAGAACUCAACGCCAACAACUUAAGUGGAGAGAUUCCUCCAUCCAUUUGCAACUUGAGAUUCCUAAUGGUCCUCUUUUUAUCAUACAAUAAUUUGGAAGGAUCAUUUCCAUAUUGUCUUGGAAACUUAAGCGCUUCACUAGUAAUUCUCCAUUUGAAUGCAAAUAAACUUAGUGGCCCCAUUCCAUCUACAUUCACAAAAGGUUGCAGUCUUCAGUCAAUCAAUCUAAAUGGAAACAAAUUGGAAGGAAUACUACCCCACACCCUAGUCAACUGCAAAGACGUUCUGGGGAUUGACAUUGGUGAUAAUAAAAUACGAGAUGUGUUUCCCUUUUGGAUGGAAACACUCCCUCAACUUCGCGUCCUCGUCCUGAGGUCAAAUAAGUUCAAUGGUGCAAUGUCGUUGGUGGCUUCAAACUCAAACACAGAGCGGCCAUUUCCAAAGUUGCAAGUAUUGGAUAUAUCACAUAAUGCAUUUGUUGGCAUUUUACCUGAUAGAUAUAUCAACAAAUUUCAAGGUAUGAUAGAUGCAAAAGAAAACCAGACUGAUGAUGAAACAAAAAGAUAUCUAUCUUAUUUAGAGUUGAAACUCACAUUGAAAGGAUUGGAUCAGUUAAUGAAGCGACUGCUAGAUACCUUUACAACCCUCGACGUAUCUUCCAACAGAUUCUCAGGGGGCAUUCCAUCUUCUCUAGGGAAUCUUAACUCCCUUAGAUACUUGAAUUUGUCUCACAAUACCCUCAAUGGACAUAUACCGCCAUCUCUAGGAAGUAUGAGUUUGCUCGAGUCUUUGGACUUGUCUUCAAACAAAAUGGAUGGAAAAAUUCCAGGUGAAUUGGCAAAGUUGACAUUUCUUGCAAAGUUAAACCUUUCAAUAAAUAGCCUUGAGGGCCAAAUACCACAAGUUGGCCAACUUUCCACAUUUGAUAAUGAGUCAUAUGUGGGAAAUGCAGGCUUGUGUGGAUUACCAUUGACGAGAAAAUGUGAGGGGAGUGAUGGAAAACCAUCACCGCCUCACGUGGAAGUGGAAUCGGAUAGGGAGAUCGAGUGGGGUUAUGUGUUUGUUGCUGCUGGAUAUGUUUUUGGCAUAGGAAUCUUUUCGUGGUUGCUUUUAUUAUGCCCAAGUUUCAGGUAUAAAUACUUUGAGAAAGUUGAUGAUGUUUUUGAGAAGAUAUUUGAGUGUUUCCAGCGCCCUAAAAAAAGAGAUAGAGGCAGAAGAGUUGUGAGGAAUCAGGCUAGAAGACAGCAGUGAGGACAAGGCUAUAUUGUUUUAGUUAUCCAAUAUAUUAAUGUUUCGUGUAUCAGUGAUAUGUCAAUUCAUAUUUAACGAGUAAGUAUACCUCAACUAUUAUUUUCA